AUGACUGCCAUGCCCGGAUACUGCAAGCGCGCUGUGCCCCGCAGGAUCUUCUCGUUCACGGUGCACCUGGGCGCGCAGGCCAUCAGCGACGCGCAGGAGGAAGGCCGCGUGGUGGUGUCGACGCGCUCCAAGCACGUCCACUCGGGCUACACGGUGCUGCUGCCGGCCAACGACGUCGCCGUCAUCGACCUCAAGCAGGACGUGCCCCUCAGCGCCUCCAAUUCCAUCAGCGCCCAGCUGAACUACGCGGACUUGAUCGUCAUCUCCAACGCCGAGUGCCGCAAGACCUUCGGCCUCCUCAACGUGCGCUCCUCCAACAUCUGCGCCCUGGGCAGAUACGGCCGCAGCUCCUGCAAUGUGAGCGCCAACGCUACAGCACCAUUGUUUGGCGACAGCGGCGGGCCUCUCGUCGACCUGGCGACCGGCAGACAGAUCGGUAUCGUGAGCUACGGCUCCAGCGCCGGCUGCGAAAGCGGUGCCCCCAACGGCUUCGCUCGCGUCACCUCCUUCACAGACUGGAUCUCGGAGAAGACCGGCCUCGCCUUGUAA